GCAAAAACUGAAAUAGGCGGAAGAAGAGGCAGCAGGUUGUUUGUUGUCUGUUGGUGUUGGUGCUUGUCCAAUGCAGCGUCUGUGUGUGCAUCGUGCACGGGACGGGUGUAUCGGAAGGAAGGGACCAAGCCAGCGGACGCCCUCGUGAGGGACGCUGUCUGCGGCCGUCAUGCUGUCGCACGUUGUGCUCAUGGCCUUGCGCAGGGCCAAGAUUCCGCGCCCCGUGGACCUGCUCGAUGUCCAAACAGCGCUGAGCGAGGAGGAGUUUGUCAUCCUCUCAAAGAGCGAGAGGGCACCGGGGCGAACCUUUGCUUAUGCAGCCGCCAACCGGCUGCUGCAAUUGGCCCGAGAGGCUCGCUGGGAGGAGGCAAAGGACGUGGCCCACUGCAUCCUCUCUCGCCCAGACAUCGUCCCCCACAUCUUGCCGAUAUGUCUUCAUGUCGCACUGGAGCUGCUCGCCACAAACACACACGCCAUCGUCAACUUUUGUACCCUCAUUGCUGCUCGAUUCACGAGCGAGAAAUUGCGAUACGCCCUGGAGAUUGCAUGCUUCUUCGCCCGCAAAGGGAACUUCCACGAAGCCGUCACCAAGAUUGAUAAGUUCCUUGAGAUGCCGGCGUACAUGAACGAUGCCGUUAUGCACGGCAUCGCAGGUCUCUUUCUCAUCAAACUCGUGGGCGCGGAUCCCGUGCCGUCGCUUGACCGCAUCCACCACCUCUUCAGCCGCUGCAUCCAGCUCGCCACCCCACUCGACAACAUCGACUUCUUCGUCAUCAAAUACGCAGACGUCCUCACCGCAACAAACCGGGCUGCUGACCUGCCCCGUGUCGCCGCGGCCUAUCUAAACGUGACGCCCCAAUCCCCAGGCGCCCUUGUAAUUGCGUUUCACAUCUUCCGGACUGUUGGAGACGGCGGCCUCUUCCGUCGCAGAGAGCGCAGCGAUAAGCCCGCGGACGGGAGGACGUACUUCCACGAUGACGAUGACGACGAGGACAACGACGAGGACGAUGACGACGAGGAGGAGAGGGAGGAGGGGGAGGAGGGGGAGUUGGAUGAGGACGGUGCUGAUGGUAGUGACGCCGUCAGCUCACGCCGCGCUAAGAACUUGCUGUAUCUUCUUCGCGCGCUCAGCCAGGUUGAUCCCGCAAACCCCCUUCUCCGCUCCGUCGUCAAUUACGCACACGUGGACAUUGAGAUGGCGAUUGAUGUCGCCAUCGCCCACGCAGAGACCAAACGCAACUGGACCAACCCACUUGCCCUCAUUCCCCUCUGUCGCCUUCUCCUCAACGCCCCGCAGCGCGUGCUGAAUGAGAGGAUGACACGUGUUGUUCUGCCGCCGACGGAUACGGGCCGCCACCGCACGACACACCCAAUGUGGAAACCCGACGUCAAGCGCAUCAACAUCACCCGCAGGACCGCCAUGCUGUGGUGGCCGUUCGCCCUCCCCCUCGAAAGCUCUUGGCCCACGAAGCUGAAUGCUGCUGCUGCGCCGCUGCUGCAGGCGCUCGUCGCCGUGUGUGUGUACCGGACCUGCACGCCGUUCGUCCUCGCCGCUGGUGUGCACGCCCGCCAGGUGCCGCUCCUGAAGGCAGCCGUGGGCCGACUCGACGCAGCCCUGCUUGAGAUGGGGUUUCCGCGCAACUCGUUCCACAACUUGCGGCUGCACAUUCGCGAGCGGCGCAAGUGCUCCAACGCCUGCGCGUACUUUGUGCUCAACCUUGCGCUGUACAUGCACAACAUGCAGCGGUACACGCAUUUUGUGGCGUCCCUGCCUGCUCACCAACGCCACGUCAUGUUCCCGCAGCCAGAGCACCUCAAGCGCAAGAUCGUGCCCAGCCGCCAGCAGCAGGGCUUCUUCCUCCUGCGCACGCGCGCGCUAUUCACGGACCAGCAGGUGGUGGAGCGGGCGGUGCUUCGGGUGAAGAGGCCGCUGCCACUCCCGCCACGCAUGAGGCGCGAGCUGCUGGCACGCGUGUACGAGGACGAUGCGAUGGCACAGGCGCCCGCGUCUGUGUGGAACCAGUGGGGCCAGGGGGCAGCAGGUAACACGCCGCAACACCUGUGCCUGGACUAUCGCACAAUUGGCAAGACGAAGCUCAAGCUGGAUGCUGAUGAAAAUGAUGAUGGCGAUGACGUUGACGUUGAUUAUGACGAUGUUGAAGCUGGUGAUGACGGCAAUGGUGAUGAUGGCAGUAAUGGCGGUGCCAGUGACGGUAGCAAUGCGAACGUGCUCUCGGAUGCACAGCAAGCGGGUGCGGAGGGAGAAGAAGAGGAUGAUGACGGUGUCAUGGACGACAGCGACGACAACGACGAUGAAGCUGACACGGGCGCCCUCCAACUCAAGACUGAAGAGCAUGUCGAGGGAGAAGAGGGGGAGGAGGAGGAGGAGGUGAUUGAGGAGGAGGUGAUUGAAGAGAUUGUGGAAAUAACAGAUGACGAGGGCGAUGAUGAUCAACACGACACGGGUAGACCAGGCGUGAAAUAUGAGUUUAUUGAAGAGGAGCUGGAGGAGGAGGAAGAAGAAGAAGAAGAAGAAGAAGAAGAAGAAGAAGAAGAAGAAGAAGAAGAAGAAGAAGCGUUAAGAGCAACAGAUGAAGAUGCUGGCGAUGGCGAUGAAGACGGUGAGUCGGCUGGCACGGUGCCAGUGCCAACGCCAACAGCAGAGGAGGAGUCGCUGUUCAAGCUUCUGCUGGCGGGCGUCGACGAAGACGACGAUGAAGGGGGCGGUGACGAUGGUGAUGGCGAGUUUCAGCCCCAGCGCCCCGCCGAUGUCGACAGCGAAGAUGACGAGGAGCAGCAGGAGGUGGAUCGUGCCGACGACGACGAUGAUCAUGACGAUGAUCAUCAUGAUGAUGCGCUUGGUGGUGGUGGUGGUGACUUGAGAAGCGGAGAAUCAGGCGGCGAUGGUGAUGGCGCUCCUGCGACCAAACGAGCGAAGAAAAGCGAGGAGAAGGAGGACGGCGACGAAGAACACUGUGAAGUGAAGGCUCGCUUUGGGGUGGUGACGCGGCGCGCAGUGAGCGUACUGCGGACGGUGCUUGCAAGCAUUGAGGAGCACGUGGAGCGAACUGCAGAGGCGCAGGCGCAGCUGCACAGCGAUUGGUCGGAGGACCUGCCGGAAGAGGACCCCGAUUCCGGUCAGGACUCAAGCGACAGCGGCUGGUGA